GCAAAUGGUCGUUUAAUAACAGAUGAUUGAACGCGUUCGACGGCGCGGCCUAGCAUUUAUCUGUCAAAAGUGGUGACGGCCGGGCCGAUCGGCGAUGAGCCGGUUCACGGUCGCCUGUUGAUCAUCCAGCCCCGCGAUUCGCCUGCUAAGCUUCACGGGACGAGCACGCGUUGCCGCCGGGAGAGACGCGCACAUUGUUGUCCAGGUCUUCCCCCGUUCGCAUAGGAUCAAAUCGCGGCGAGCAUACGUGCUUCUUCUUUUUCUCCGUCGGGCCCCGAGGAGAGGCUAGGCGGCGCGAACGCCGAGCCGAGCCGGAGUAAGUGGCAAACAGAGCAGCUCUCUCGCCGCGAACGGAUCUGCGCCGAGAAAAUUGUUUAUUAUGUGAUCGUGAACUGUACCUUGACCGAUAGCCAGCACGUGAACGAAGGAAGGAAACGAAGGAAGACGGAAAGUCAGUCGGGAAAAUGCGAGACGUUCGGGCCGGUGUGUUCUGCUACCUCAUCGUGACGGUUCUUUUUCUAGCGCCAUUCACUUCAGCAGAUGGUGGCAAGGUUCAACAGUGCCUCCUGAACCUGGCGGAAGAGCAAUGCGGCACCUACGGGAGAUGCGUGCAGAAGUCGCCGGAGGAGAAGGGAUUCUGCGAGUGCCUGAGGGAGUACGUGCAGCGGGAUGGCCAGUGUCUUCAGAACAAAACGCUCUUGGCCGCUAACGAGACCUCCGCUCAACCCGAGUCUGCGGCAGGUGGUUCUGUAGCCGCCGGUUUGUUAAUACCGACCUUCCUCAUAGUAGUCGGGGUUCUGCUGUAUCUUGGGGCGAGGCGAUACAAAUGGCUGCAACGAUUCCGACUGCUCCGUCCGAAUCGUCACGGCGAUAUCCUAGUCACGAGGGACGACGACGACGACGACGACCCGCCGAUAGGGACACGUUGCGCACCCGUGUGAAAGUCUCCUCGAAGCUUGCCCGCGCUUAGGGAACAAUGUUGUGUAACUUUGUGUACAUAUCGAGCAGGAGUUUAGAUAGAAGGUACGUACAAGGGGAUACAUCGUCGAACUGAAUUAAGAGGCUACAUUGUAAAGAGGUGUUAGUGUAAGUAGACGUGUUUUUGUGCGAUCUUCUUCUUCCGAAUCCGUUUGAUUUUAUCGACGAGCAUCUCUGCAGAGACAUUUUAUUCUUUGUUUUUUUACCGUAUCGAUAUUUUCCCACGCAUAAAGGUGCUACUACUUACACGAUCGCUGCUCUCAUCGUUCUCCGACGAAUGAUACAUAUCCGACGAAACAUAAUUUUUUACGACGUAAUAUUUAAGAGAAGCUGGUCAGUAAAUUUUAAAAGACGUUACGACGAAGCCUGUUGUGUAUAGAACGCUCGCGGUGAUCGCCGCGCCGGAUCACCAAAACCGAGAUACAUGCAUACUCUGCGCUAAAUUGUCGCGGAACCGAACAGAAAAUUGUCUGUCUGCUCUCUCUAUUGUUGCUCCGGUAGUCGAGGUGGCCCGAGGCUCGUCCCGGAUAUUCGGCGGCCGUCCGCGGACACAUAUUUUUUUAAUGGCACGCUAAUCAAUUCCACCGAAACUCUGGUUCCGAAGGAGGCGGGAAUAUCCGCGGGUCUCGCGUGCGCAAACUUUCCUCGUAUUCUUCUUCGAAUGUGAAACGGUACAUUGACGUCACACGACCAAAGAUCAAGGAUUCCAGGACCGAAAUUCUAUCGUCGGGCACGCUCAAACGGGAAUCGUCCGUCGGAAAUGACAACAGCACAUUCCUGCGGCUUGGGAAACGAGAUUAGACGGUUGCACGGUUCGGGUCCAGCCUACUUCCUAGACUGCGGAUUUUUAUGGAAAAUUAAUAUUGUCUGCGAUAAUUGCUGGAUACAAAAGCUACACGUCACAGUGUUUUUAAGUUGUUCAAAUGUUUGUACAGCUUUGUAUGCGAUUUAUCGAUUCGUGUAAUAACUGCAUAAAAUCCGCGGUCUACUUAUGAAUUAAUCAUGAAAUUAACGUUCCAAGCAGUUCUUCUUCGCAGCUUUCGUUUAGAUAAUAUGGAUUAUUCGAAACGUCGCAGCUUUAGGUUUUAGAUUCCUGCUAUUUUUACCGUUUUAUAUUUCGAUUACUCGCGUUUGUCGUUAAAUGCGCGCGAUACUCUAAAAUCCUAGUCUAAUUAAUCGACGAGGCUGUCUCUAGACUGUGCAAUCGCCUAAGCCCGAUCUGGUUCGAAGAGCGACGAUUCCCGGGAAUGGCAAGGCGUUUAGAAGCAGCUGCACCCACACCAAAAGAAGAUUGCACUUGUAACCGUGCUCGAUGUCGUCUUGUAAUAUAAGGGAUUCUGUAAAUAACCCAGGCCCGUCUCCGGGGGCCGCGUAUUCUUGCCAGCCAAUCAUUCUCUCUCUCUCUCUCCUAUAGUUUAUAAUUCGAAUUAAACGUGAUUACCGAAACAAGAGAUUGCAUUGUCUAUAUUUAUAUUCGUAAGGCGAAUUCGGGAGGCUGUCUUCCCGCUCGCAAAAGAUUAUCGAGCCGUGCAUGUGCGAGAUUUAUAUAAAUACAUAUAUAUAUACAUAUAUACAUUUAACGUAUGUAUAAAUAUAUAUGCAUAUAUAUAUUAGAUAUUUAACCUAUUCUUGUACUCUAUCAUUUUUUGUACAGUACUUUAUCGCGCUAGGAGUUAAAACAUAGCGAUUGUAGUCGGUGCUCGAGAUCGAUCCCGGACACAUUAAGGCUGCUCGGUAUAGCGAGACAACAAGACUCCGUAUUUUUGUUCAGUUCGCAGUGACGAAUUUGAAUGGCGCGCGACCAGCUUAAUUGCUCUUGUCUCCGUAGAUUUAACCAAUGACGAUGCUCAAUGUUUCACGAUCGAAGAAUUCACGAAAUUAUAACGAAUCACCGGCCAAGGUCCGUUCAGACGCGAAUAUCUUAUUCUGUGAUGUAUUUUACGUUAUCAUCUACGACUCGGCCGUCGUCGACUAAAUCCCACUGAAUUGCACACAAUCUGUUAGAAUGAACGAGAUCGACCACGAAAACCUAAGCUUCUUCGGCUCUUUUUUCGACAAGCACGCGUUACAAUCUGGGCGAUAAUUGUGCCGUCUGUCUGCCCGACAACGAAAAACACUGUUCCGGCGCUCGCAAGAACCGCGAAAAUCCGCGUAAUCGCAUCACCGAAGGUCGAGCAACGACCGCAACGAAGAAUUUGUACAUAUCCGAGUAUCGAUAAAUAUGGAAUCGAAGAAUAAAGAAAAUAACAGUC